AUGGCUUCCACCUUCGAGCCUCAGCCUUUAGCGGCGCCGCUCAAUGAUGAUGCUCUUAGCCACCUCAGAGAUCUCGUCCCUCAGCCACAACUGCGUACCGCCCUUGAGCGCGACCGCCACGUCCCGACUAAGCGAUACCUUCAAUCCAGGGAUUUGUUGAGGAAAGCUGCCGAGACUUUGGCCGACAUUACCGGUGACUUGAACCAAGGGGCCAAUAAGUCCAAGACUCGGCAUUUGAGAUUGAAAGCGCGCCGAGAGAAGGAGAGAGCAGAAGCGCACGCCGAAGACGAUGGUGGUGAGGUGGCUGGAGCUGAGGCUGAGGCGGAGGCCCGACAUGAGGAAUUCCAAAGAAAGGCCGAAGAGUUGACCAAGAAGAUGGACAUGAGUAUUCGGGGUAUCAUUGACGACCUCAAUUGGCUUGCCGAGUAUCCUGACAUCCUCAAGGCCGUAACUGAGAAGGCCCAAGACUCUGCUGAGGAGCAGCGAAGGAACUUUGAAGGAAGAGACGCAACGUCGUCAAGACGCAAAAGGAGACAGCAACGGAUCUCAGAAGACGGAGACGAGGAUGGAGAAACGGAGGACGGCGACGAGGAAGAGGAAGAGGAGGAACCUGUCCGUCGCUCUCGUCGAGGGCAAGACCCACACACCCUCGACCCAUCGGAGACACCACAUGUACAGCUCGCUCUCGCGCUCGAGGAGCAGGGCCGGCGAUGGACCUCGCAGAGUCUGACAGACCGAUACGCCCGCGACAACUACUACAAAGGUUGGAAAGGCUCUCUCUGGGAUGGACAAAAUCCGGGUGAAAACCCGCCACCUAUGCCCCAUGAGACGCUGUGGUUCGCAGUCGAGGAAGGCCGCUCAGCCACAGCUUCCUUCUCAUCCACACAGCAAGGCCGUCAGCGUGGAGCACACUCCGGGCCAGGCAACGGUACAGAAUCCGGCGAGGAAGAAGAGGACGACCUAGAAAUCUCGGCCGAAAACACCCGGAUACGGUGUCCUCUCACCCUCCUGCCCUACAAAGAACCCAUGACAUCGCGAACCUGCAAUCACAGCUAUGAAAAAACCGCUAUACUAGAAUUGCUUUCCAACUGCCAUACACAACCCAAGAAAGUCAAAUGUCCCGACACGGGCUGUAACGCGGAUAUCAAUGGCGAGGAAGACCUCUAUGAGAAUCAGCUGCUCAAGCGACGAGUUGCGCGAAUCUUGGCGAGGCAAAUGCAGAGGAAUGCUCCCGCCACGAGUGAUAUUGAUGAGGACGACGAGGACGAGGACGAGGACGACGAUGAAGUGGUCAAAGGAACACAGCGGAAACCUUUAGGGCUAGGAUCAAGUCCUGUGACGCCAGCCAGUGGACGGAGAAAGGCGAGAACUACCGUUAAGAACGAGAAUUCCUUGACCUCUCGUGCUGGAGGACGAGAAAGCGUUAUACCAGAUUCGCAAUUCGAUGGCAGAGGCGACGUUCCGCAGCACGGGUCGCCGAGGAGGCAGGCCCCUGCGUCGAGAUCGCUUCGCGGCACGCAGAUUCUGGACCUGGAGGACGAUGACUGA